AUGCCACAGUCUCCUCGUGAACAGAAAUUACUCGAACUUCUCAACUUGUACAUUGGGGAGUGGAAGAUGCCGCCAGCUCCUGCAAACCACUUCCAUUUUCUACGAGUUUCGAUGGGGAAGAAAAACCCAUCUGACUUCGGAAGAUGGUACUUCUAUUGGGACUUACUUGACAAGCAGUGCCACACUUAUAAUGGUGUGAGUCAAUGUCAAAACUACAAGAAUUUGAUGUCCACAGAGCUCACAGAUGACGAACGUAAAUUGAUUCGUCAUGAGCUCAACACCUGGGACGCUAAGAAGUCAAAAUCAAAGAAGAUCAAUUGCAAAAUCAUUGAUAUGAUUAAAGGAGAGAUCCGAAACAUACCUUCCUCCUCCCAAGCCGUCCCAGACUACGAUUCAGAUAGCGAAGUCGAAAUCAUCAAUUUCCAAAGUGUACCUUCAUCAUCUCAAACUCUUCUCGACAGGGAGUUGACCAUUUCCAACUCAGAUGUUGAGGAAAUACCUAAAGCUCAUGAUGGCAUAGACGUUCUGCUCAUCCUAUAUGUUGCGGCAAAUGACGCACACUUCCGUUGGUAUUCCCCCCUGCAUGAUGGAGCAUUCAGCCCAUUUUCCGAUUUCGCACUGCGAGAGGCGCUUGGCUUCCCAGACAACAGAUAUGCAAUAUAUGAUACUUACCUCAAGGAAUUCGUACAUUUGCCGUCUUAUUGUAGCUUCCAAGUUCAGGCCGGCGAAUUCUUCAUUCUUCGACAGCUGGAUCUUACUGACAAGGAUUGUCCGGAUGUCACCAAUUUCAUUCACAAGAGUGACAAAUUUUCUUCUUCCAGGCUUACGGCAGGAGCUGCAUCACAGGAUUUGAAAGGAAAAUGCAAGGCACAAGAUGAGCAGGAUGAUAUUGUGAAGGAAUCUAAGCGCAUGAAGAGGGAUUGUGUUUUAAUGGGUGGACCUCUUGGAAGUUCCUUUAUACUUGAAAUUUUCAUUGGCUAUGCUCCAUCACCAUUCCCAGCAACAUGCCCACUCAUUGAUCACACAUCAUGGGGUCAAGAUCCAAGAACAACAAACGAACAUGUCUCGCAUGGACCAUUGAUCAAGCUUCAAGGCAUGAAGCCAAGUUCCCUUCCUUUUCACCAUGUCGUCAAAGGAGAUUUCGCCUCAAACUACAAAAAGCUUGCACAUCAGCUAGAACAAGGACAUUUUGACGGUCUAAGUGAUCCUCUCGCAUUGACCUACCGACAGCCAUCAGCGAGCAACUGUUACCUCCUCAGCCACAAUCCGCCUUGCCCUUAUGCAUCCCUCAAGAAUGCGACACACCCCACCUCUAUGCCUUCGACAAUGCCGCUGAAUUUCGGGGAUAGUACGCUGGAGCUGGAUGACAUGCCGGAGUUGGAGGAAGUUUUAGGAUUGGAGGUCAUGGCUAUGGCCGUGGCCCUGCCAAUCAUGCCUCACCAGAGCAGUCUCGGUACCACCGACAAUUCGAGAGUUGGAAACGCGCUCAUUGACCAACAUGCAGCCAAGUCACGUAAGAAGAACCGUGCCCCCUUCCCUUGGUCUGAAGAGCAGCGUGCUUGGAUGAAAGGUCAUGUUGACCCUUACCUUGAGCUCGACCCGAAGAAAUGCGACAUGUGGUCCAAGCAGAAAGUGGAGGAUCUUGUCAACAAGUGGCGGUUCGCCAAUGCUGGAGACGCUCGUCAGUGCUUCAUCAAAUACCUUCAGAAUGCUCUAGCCCGCUCGAGGACGUCUCAGAAGCAACCACCCAUCAUCAAGUUUCCCAGAAAGCGUGCGGAGAAUGCAGCUGACUUGUGGGCCAAGGCUCCGGAGAACAAGAUACUCCUCGACACCGCUGUUGCAGAGAAACGUGGGGAUGCAUCGACCAAGAACAAUGUUGGCAUCCGAUCCACACUGAAAGCAGCAAUGUUCAAAGCGCUAUCUUCUAAAGAGCAGGAGCAAUGGGAGAAGAAGGCAUCAGAGCUGAAGGAAGUCUCUGCUGAAGAUAAAGUCGAGUCUAUCUGGGAGAACCAGGAAAUUAUGGCAGAUACUCUUGUCGCCACCCUUGAGGGUUCAAUCGGUAUGGGCAAAAAUCAAGUUGGGGAUGCGACGUACCACGUCCAGAUGGUGUAUCUUGAUAAAGAGGGUAACGUUCAAUCGACAAGUAUUUGUUGUGGCAUCAUGCUCGACGACAAAGCAUUCAAAGAUGUCGAGCCCGAAACAUACACAAGUCUUAGCAAGGCCUGGAUCAAUUUUCUCAGAAAACGACCACAUGCGCGCCCCAAUAAUGAGUUCGCCAUCACGCUUGCCAAAGACUCGACCGGAAAUCCCAUCCUGCCACAGUACGAUGACUCAUGGGUACAAUCUCAUUGCGCCGAGGUUUUAGGACAUUAUUUGGAGGGGGUGUGGAAAUCAACGGGAUUGACUGAAGCGAUACCUUGGUCUUUACUUCGAGAAGACCCUUCCCGUUGGAUCGUUGAUCCUGCAGCCGUACCCAAGACCCCGAUUGACGAUCCUUGUGUCAUCAAGGGAACGACUAUAUUCAAACUCUACGAUGAGCUGUGGCGGCAUCGAGCCCAACCAGGCCUUCAACACCAAAAGUUCUGCCCCAACCCAGCGUUCCCAAAGAGAGUCGACCCCAAACCAGCCUUCUACACUGACGUCAUCGACCUCAACCCAGCCUUCCACUCCAAAGCCAUCAACCCCAACUCUGUCUUCCACUCCGAAGUCAUCGACCCCAACCCUGUCUUCAACUCUGAAGGCCUCAACCCCAAACCCGCCUUCCACAUCAACGAGCCUAGUCCCUUCCACUACAAAGGCAGCGACCCAACCCCCACCUUUCACUCUGGAGGCGUUGACCCCACUUGCACCUUCUCUGGAGGCUCCACCCCUGCCCCCCUCUCCCAACACAUCGACGACGCCACCCCCGAAUUCUACUCCGAAUCAGCCAACGUCCACUCCUGA